AUGUGUUCGCAGUCGAUAACGGACAAUCCAUCAGCAGAACAAGCCAAGAAAAAAUCUAUCUUUACAAAUAUCGAAGAUCUCAUAUCACAAGAACAACCAUCAACCAGCCAUUAUCUCCCUUCAUCUGAUAAAGAAUCAACUUCUAAGCUAAAGUGCCCGUUCUGUAAGAAAUCGUAUGUCACUUAUUACGGGCUGAGGCGACAUGUCAAAUCUCAUUUGGAUGGAAAAGUAGAUCAAAUAUGUCCGAUUUGCCUGAAGCAUUACACAUCUUCGGGAGCUCUAAAAAUGCACUUGAAUACUCAUUCAUUACCUUGUAUAUGCAACAUAUGUGGGAAAAGCUUCAGCAGGCCGUGGUUAUUGAAAGGUCAUCAAAGAACUCAUACAGGUGAAAAGCCAUAUAAAUGUCAGAAAUGUGGAAGACAGUUCGCAGAUCGAAGUAAUUUGAGAGCACACGAACAAACCCAUGGUAAUAAUAAGAGAUACAGAUGUGCAAAUUGCGACCAAGCGUUCGCUAGACUACAAGUCAAGGAGAAGCAUGAAGUUAAAUGUUGUAAAACUGAGUCUGAAGUAUCUUUAAAAUCUCAUUAA